GAAAUAGCUUCGUGUUUAUCAGGCCGUAAAAACAAAACUUCGUUUUUAUAGCUGGUAACGUCAAUUCCAGAAUAAGCCUUCUCCGAGCUUAUCGGACGCAUGUUUUUCCAGUGCCUGGUUCUCCACAACAAAGAGCGACCGAACAGUGUUAUGGGCGGCAGGAGCACUAGCGGAGAUCGCAGCAAAAUUGGGGGUUUCUUCUUUGCAACUCUGCUGCUUUGGUUAGGCUCUGUUUGCUAUUGCAUACUUUUCAACAAUCGCAUAGACCUUCUCUUCAUCAUCGCCGGUUCUCUCUUCUACCAAGCGGCUAACUGGGUCGUACGAAUCUUCUUCUCUCGAGACCCGCUUUUCGUUAACACCUCCGUCUCUCUUCUCCAUUCCACCGCCACUUCAGCCUCAGUGGUUUUCAUAUUGUAUAGACAGUGGUCAACGAACGGGUCAAAGGGUAUGUUUGAGCACUCACGGUUGGUUGAAGGUACUUGGCCAUGGGCUUAUGAAGCGUUGUGUUUUUCAUGUGGUUACUUUGCAUAUGAUCAGUGGGAUAUGCUCCGUUACCACUUAUAUAGUGGUUGGAUCCCUUCCAUCCUGGUACAUCAUCUGGUUCUCCUCCUCUGCUUUAGCCUUGCCCUAUAUCGAAAUGUCACCAUCAACUACCUUAUUCUUACCCUUAUCUGCGAGCUGCAUUCAAUCUUUCUGCAUGUUAGAAAAGUGAGACGGAUGGCUGGUUUUCGGGAUGCGAAAAACAAAAUUGCUAAGGUAGAAUGGUUACUUAAUUGGGGAACCUUCUUUGUGGCAAGGCUUGCAUCUCACAUUCUGAUCACAGUCAAGCUCAUAAAGGAUGCUCACAGAUUUGGAAGGGGCGUGGAGCUGCCAUUGGCUCUGUUUGGCAUGGCUGGCAUGAAUUUGCUGAAUAUCGGACUUGGUAUUGAUCUUUUCAAUGCUUUCAAGAGGGAGAGAGAGUCACAGACGACUUAUCGUCGUGAAUGAGAGUGAAGCCGGAAAAAUAAUACUGUCUAAUUUGAUCAUUCGCCAUUUGUUUUGUUUGUGUUAGAAUAACCUCGCAAGAAAUCAUAGCAGACGAUGACAUAUUUGUCUCAGAGGGUUUCUUCUGCCUCCAGAUUAUCUCAAGUAGGGAUAUUUAACUUAUACUUA